AAAUUCAAAACUCGAAAAUGGCAGAAUUAUCGAUACUCGUGCUCGUCUUCUUCGCCAUCGUCAUAAACGGCAUCGAAGGCUGCAAAAAGCCGGUCAUUUUUGCCUUUGGCGACUCCUAUCUCGACUUAGGCAACAACAACUACAUUAACACGAGCACUCAAGAUCAGGCCAAUUUCCCUCCAUAUGGCGAGACCCGAUUUGGAAAUAAGCCAACCGGCAGAUUCACAGACGGUCUAACCAUAAUCGACUACCUAGGAAUCAAAGGACUCAUUCCCGCGUUUCUAAAUCAAACCCGGAAAAUCGACACAAAUUACACUGGGGUGAGCUUCGCAUCAGCCGGAGCUGGGGCCUUGACCACGACUUUGCCAGGCUUCUCGGUUAACCGCACGCAACAGUUGAAUGAUUACGUAACCGAACUGGAAAACCUAUGCAAAACAUUUGGCUCCAAAGAAGCUACAAAAAUUGCAUCAAAUGCUGUCCAUGUCAUCACCUUUGGUGCCACAGAAGUUAUCGUUUAUUUCGAAUUGAAUACUCCGAUUCCAAACAAGAGUGAGUUAGUGAAAGCGAUGAUCGGGAACUUGUCGACCGUGGUCGAAGAAAUAUACAAGCAAGGAGGACGAAAAUUCGUGUUGCUAAACUUGCUCGAUCUCGGGUGUUCGCCGGGCCUGAAAUUCUUGAACCCGGAUAAAAAGAUUGGGCCGUGCCUGAAAAACGCUUCGGAUAUAGUAACAUUGUACAACGAGGCCAUCGAAAACAAGGCCCAAGAAUUGGGACGGGCCUUACCGUCCUCCAAGAUUACUAUAUUCGACCUCGCACAAAGUGUCGCCUCGAGGACAGCUCAUCCGAAAAAACACAAUUCGAAAAACGUACAAAAUGCAGAAGUGGCGAAUGAGGAUGACGCGUGCUGCGGUUAUGGAAAGUACAACGGUGAGUUUAGCUGCGGAGGAACGAGACCGUUUAAGAAGUAUAAGGUGUGCGAAAAACCAAACGAGUACCUAUUUUGGGACUCGUUUCAUCUUACCGACCGAGCUUAUGAGUCGAUAACAAAUGAUAUUUGGAAAAAAUCUAAUUCCCUAGUAAGGAGCUUUUUUAACUGCUUCGUCUAG